GGACUCCCACAAGACAUACAGAUCUUUGAGGGACGUCAAAAGGAAGGAAGGUAAAAUGGUGCUUCUCGACAAGAUGUGGGACGACGUCGUCGCCGGGCCUCAGCCUGAGAGAGGACUCGGCAAGCUGAGGAAGGUCUCCGCCAAGCCUUUGGUCAUCAAAGAAGGAGAGAGCAGCGGCAACAAGUACCAGCGAUCCCUGUCGAUGCCGCAGACGCCCACCACACCUACCACGCCGACGGCCAGCUCCCCCACCCCGCGCCAGGGUAACGUGUGGCGGAGCGUGUUCAACCCCGGCAGCAACCUCGCCACCAAAACCCUCGGCGCCAACUUGUUCGACAAGCCCCAGCCCAACUCCCCCACCGUCUACGACUGGCUGUACAGUGGCGAAACAAAGAGCACCCAUCGCUGAACUGAUGUGCGCCUUUCUGCUCACGCAGAUCAGAUCUGUGAGGAGUGGAAAUUGGUGAGUGCUAGUAGGUGCCUGAAUCGGGAGUAGCAUCUAUUCAAGUUUGGGUUUGCUUGCUAAUAUCUGGGGUAUGAUAUGGGUUGUUGGGAUUUAUGUUUGUGCAUGUGCUAUAUGCUAUAUGCUGGCUUGUUGCUAAAACCUGUAUUAUGUUCAAUGUCUCAUAAAUAAAAAAAGGAACUACUAUCUACUGUUA